CUAAUACUUUACCAUCACAAUAAAACCCUUAGAAAAAACUAACAAUUUUCAUAAAAGAAAAAUGGACAUUGUCAAGUCCAUGUUUUUCAUUUUCCCUUUUUUUCUCGUUGUACAACUUCUCUUCACUCACUCUGAAGCAGCAACAUUCGACAUUCGAAAUAAUUGUCCUUACACUGUCUGGGCUGCGUCCGUGCCAGUGGGUGGUGGUCGCCAGCUCAACGGUGGCGAAACCUGGACCAUCGAGGUUCCCGCUGGUACGUCACAAGCGCGUAUAUGGGCCCGAACCGGAUGCAAUUUCGAUGGUUCGGGCCGAGGUAGGUGUGAGACUGGAGAUUGCAAUGGUCUCCUCCAAUGCCAAUCUUUUGGACAACCCCCAAACUCUUUAGCUGAAUAUGCCCUAAACCAAUAUAAUAAUCUCGAUUUCUUCGAUAUCUCUCUAGUCGAUGGAUUUAACGUACCGUUGGAAUUUAACCCUACUUCCAAUGGGUGCACCAGGGGCAUUAGGUGCACGGCCGAUAUUAUCGGACAAUGUCCGACUGAGUUAAGAGCAGCUGGCGGAUGUAACAAUCCUUGUACUGUUCACAAAACUGAUGAAUAUUGUUGUAAUUCUGGAAAUUGUGGACCAACACCACUUUCUAAGUACUUCAAGGAUAGGUGUCCUGAUGCCUAUAGUUACCCUAAGGAUGAUCAAACUAGCACUUUUACUUGUCAAGGAGGAACCAACUAUAGAGUUGUUUUCUGCCCAUAACUAAUAAAUGGUAUGAAAAAUUACCAAAAUAAUAAUUAGUGUCUUACAAGUCUAUUGGUAAACUAUUUUGUCUUAGCGUAAUGAUAAUAAGUUCUUACGCAUGUGUGUGCAUGUAUUGUAUACACAAUCCCUUCAACUUAUCUAUUUUUUUUAAUCAUAGUGAGCAAAUAAUAUAUACUUAUAUAGUGUCGUCAA